AUGCACUGCCCGAGACUGGCCCUGGGCCUGGGAUUCUGCCUGCUGUUGGGCAUCACCCUCUGCUCUCUGUGGGUGUACGCCGAGGACUGGCUGCUGGUCUCCUACGUCCCCUAUUAUCUCCCUUGCCCAGAGAUCUUCAACAUGAAGCUUCAGCACGAGGAGGAGCCGUCCCAGCCCGUGGCACAGUCACAGUACCCUCAGCCCAAGCUGCUGGAGCAAAAGCCCACAGAGCUGCUGACACUCACACCCUGGCUGGCACCCGUCGUCUCCGAGGGAACCUUCAACGCCGAGCUUCUGCAUCACAUCUACCAGCCGCUGAACCUGACCAUCGGGCUCACGGUGUUUGCUGUGGGGAAGUACACCCGGUUCGUCCAGCACUUCCUGGAGUCGGCCGAGCGGUUCUUCAUGCGGGGGUACCGCGUGCACUACUACAUCUUCACUCACGACCCCCAGGCCAUUCCUCAGGUCCCGCUGGGCCCCGGCCGCCACCUCAGCAUCAUCCCGGUCCCCGGGCCCUCCCAGUGGGAGGAGGCCUCCAUGCACCGGAUGGAGGUCAUCAGCAUGCACAUCGCCAAGAGGGCGCACCGGGAGGUGGACUACCUCUUCUGCCUGAACGUGGACACGGAGUUCCGGAACCCGUGGGGCCCCGAGACCCUGGGGGACCUGGUGGCCGCCAUCCACCCGGGCUACUUCACCGUACCCCGCCACCAGUUCCCCUACGAGCGCCGGCCCGUCUCCACCGCCUUCGUGGCCGACGGCGAGGGGGACUUCUACUAUGGCGGGGCGGUCUUCGGGGGGCGGGUGGCCAGGGUGUAUGAGUUCACCAGGGGCUGCCACAUGGGCAUCCUGGCGGACAAGGCCAACGGCAUCCUGGCAGCCGGGCAGGAGGAGAGCCACCUGAACCGCCGCUUCCUCUCACACAAGCCCUCCAAGGUGCUGUCCCCCGAGUACCUCUGGGACGACAGGCAGCCCCAGCCCCCCAGCCUGAAGCUGAUCCGCUUCUCCACCCUGAACAAGGACACCGCCUGGCUGCAUAGCUGA